CAUGGCGGCGGAGCGGCGCCGACGCGGCGGCGGGAAUGGAGCACGGGAACGACCCCGGGAGCGCGGAACGCGACGAGAACAGCGAGAACAGCAGCGAGGAGCGGGCCGGGCCCGCACAGUGCUGGCAGUGGCGGCCGUAGCAUUAACGGUAGCCUUCGGCCUUGCAGCGGUGGCUGAAUGGAACCGGUGGAGCGAGACCUCCCGCCUCGUUACCCCCCAUCCCGCUCCUCCCGCGCUCGCUCCCGGUUCUACCGGGCCUCUCGCCUCGCCUCAACGCUUCUGGGGCACUUACCGGCCUCAUGUUUAUUUCGGGAUGAAGACACGCAGCCCGCGGGCUCUCGUUACCGGCUUAAUGUGGCUUCAGCAACGUGAGGGAGGCGGCAGCUUACGUCAUACCUGUGAGCAAAGCGACGGCCUGUCGCGAUAUGGCUGGUUGAUGCACGACGGGGAGAAUUUCGGGGUGCAGGAAAUCCGCGACGGAGGAUUGGUGUUAAAAACCGAAUUCGUUAAACGGCCGGGAGGGGAUCACGGAGGAGAUUGGAGCUGGCGUGUCACUGCACGGAUGGAGGGCACGGGGGGCCCGGCCCCACUCCUCUCUCUCUUCUUCUACGUUGCAACAGACGGGCAGGGGACGCUGCGGCCGCACCUGGAGAACAAGACCCGGCUGGCUGCUGUGACAGGGACGACAGAGGAGCUGGGAGACUUCACCCUCACCUUCCUCCCACCCACAGCUGAUGCAGAAGGGGACCCCAAACAUGCCAGCUACAACUACCUGGAUGUGCCCAGCCCGGGGCUGCACCUCCUGACGGAUGUGGUUCGGAGCAGCCUCAGCAACCGCUUCGUCUUCUCGGGGCAGGGAGGGCCGCGGCGCCGCUUCUUCGCCGUCGACACCUUCAAGGGGCUGCCAGGGUGGGAUCAGCGUCCCCCGCCAGCCCUGCGUGGGCACCUGCUGCUGCACCAAGUGACGCUGGAGCCACCGGCGGUGCUGGAGGUGACAUUCGAGUCGGGCAGCGCGGCGGCAGGGCGGCAGCGGCUGGCGGGGGCAGCCCUGUCGUCGGCGCUGUCGCGACACGCAGCAGCCUUCCAGCAGCGUUUUGAGGAGACCUUUGGCCUGGCUCGAAAAGGCUUUCCCCCUGCGCAGCGCCGCUUCGCCCAGGCUGCCCUCAGCGACCUGCUGGGUGGGGUGGGCUACUUCCAUGGGCGCUCGCUGAUCCAGUCGCCACGGCCAGGUGAGCGGCCGCUGCCUGGGGCCGAGGCCUCACUGCUUACUGCGGUCCCCUCCCGCUCCUUCUUCCCAAGGGGCUUCCUGUGGGAUGAGGGCUUCCACCAGCUGCUGCUGGCACGCUGGGAUCCAGCGUUCAGCCGGGAGAUCUUGGCCCACUGGCUUGACCUGAUGAACGCGGAGGGCUGGAUCCCGCGGGAGCAGAUUUUGGGGGAGGAAGCGCUGUCCAAGGUGCCCCCCGAAUUCGUGCCACAGCUCAGCGAGACAGCCAACCCCCCCACGCUGCUGCUGGCACUAGAGCAGCUGCUCCCCGAGGCCCCCCAGCCCUACCUGCACCGUAUCUUGCCCCGUCUCCGCACCUGGUACGACUGGUACAACCGGACGCAGGCCGGACCGCUGCCGUUCACCUUCCGCUGGCGCGGCCGCGAUGCCCGCCCCGAGCUCUUCCUCAAUGCCAAAACCUUGGCAUCAGGGCUGGACGACUACCCCCGUGCCUCCCACCCCUCGCCCGAGGAGCGGCACUUGGACCUGCGCUGCUGGAUGGCACUGGCGUCCCGCGUGCUGGCCACCGUGGCCGAGCGGCUGGGCGAGCCGGCGGACGCCUACCGUGCCAUGGAGCAGGCACUCACCGACAACGCCCUCCUUGACCAGCACCACUGGGCGCCAGAGCUGGGUGCCUUUGCCGAUUACGGCAACCACAGCACUGCGGUGGGGCUGAGGUGGCACCAGCCGGCGCCGGCAGCGCCAGGGCAUCCACCGCCAGAACCGCGGCUGGUCCGGGAGGUGCGGGAAGCACCGCGGCCGCGGUUUGUGGGGGCAUUAGGUUACGUCAGCCUGUUCCCAGUGCUGCUGGGGGUGCUGCGGCCAGACUCGCCACGGCUGCCAGCGGUGCUGGCGGCCAUGAGGAGCGAGCGGCGGCUCUGGACUCCCUUCGGCCUGCGGUCGCUGGCUGCCGACAGCAGCUUCUACAUGCGCCGCAACAGCCAGCACGAUCCUCCCUACUGGCGCGGCGCCGUCUGGGUCAACAUCAACUACCUGGCGCUGCGGGCGCUCCAUGGCUACGCCAAGGCCGAAGGCCCACAGCGGGCACGGGCAGAAGAGCUCUACCAGGAGCUGCGGCACAACCUGAUCACCAAUGUGUACCGGCAGUUCACCGAGAGCGGCUUCCUCUGGGAGAACUACAACGACAGCACCGGGCAGGGCCAGGGCUGCCGGCCCUUUGCGGGCUGGACCGCACUGGUCGUGCUGGCCAUGGCUGAGGACUACUAAAGGCUGUGGGACUACGGGCUGGCACGUGCUGCUGGCCUGGCUCCUCUGACUCAGGUGCAGGUGGAGGCACUGAGCCCAACGCCUCCCCCAAUAAAC